GCUAGCUCGGGCUUUGUCGCACUGUCUUUGAUUCGUGGUGCCCGCACUAACUAACAAGAGUGCCAUGAACAGUCACCCGCUGCCUCGCCGGGUCCCCAACGUGGGCUCGCUGCUGCUGACCCCGCAGGAGAACGACUGUCUGUUCGGCUACCUGGGCAGGAAAUGCGCGACACUGUGCUCGGCGGUGGUUCAGGUGUACGCCGCCGAUCGCUCGUGCGGCUGGCUGAAGAAAUGUUGCGGCGUGGCGUGUCUGGUCAAGGACAAUCCGCAGCGCUCCUACUUCAUCCGUGUCUUGGACAUCAAGGAGGGGAGGACCAUGUUUGAGCAGGAGCUCUACCACAACUUCGCCAUCAGCUGUGCCAGGUCCUAUUUCAUCUCCUUUGUGGGGGAUAGCAACCAGGUGGGUUUGAACUUCGCCAGCGAAGAAGAAGCCAAACGCUUCCGAGUGUCCGUCAACGAGCUGCUCAACCGAAGACAACGCAAGACGGAGAAAAACGGUGUGUCUAAAAAUGGUCCCACGCUGCACAUGGCCACGGUGGACAUCAAGAACCCGGAGAUCAACAACGUGCGGCUGCUCAACUCCCUGGGCUCGCAGUACCACGUGGUCAACGUGCUGGCUCAGCGCAGGGACAAGAAGAACAAAAUCAAGAAGAAGAAGCUGACCAAGGCCGACAUCGGCACGCCUAGCAACUUCCAGCACAUUGGGCACGUGGGCUGGGAUCCAAACACGGGCUUUGAUCUCAACAAUUUGGACCCCGAGUUGAAGAACCUCUUUGACAUGUGCGGUAUCUCCGAGGCUCAGCUGAAGGACAGAGAAACCUCCAAGGUCAUCUACGACUUCAUCGAGAAGAAAGGAGGCGUGGAGGCUGUCAAGAACGAGCUCCGUAGGCAGGCGCCGCCGCCUCCGCCGCCCUCUCGGGGUGGCCCUCCUCCUCCCCCCCCACCCCCGCACAGCUCUGGGGCGCCUCCGCCCCCGUCCAGAGGAGGUCGAGGGGCUCCGCCUCCCCCGCCCCCUUCCCGCGCCCCCUCCUCUGCCCCUCCGCCCCCACCGCCGACCAGGCCGGGAACUUUGGGAGCCCCUCCCCCUCCUCCCACCAGGGGAGGCCUCCCCCACCACCCGCCUCCCUCGAACUCUUCCCCGCAAGGGGCGCCGCCACCCCCUCCUCCCCCGCCGGCCCAGCCAUCUUUGGCGGGUAGGGUCUCCUCGGCCCCACCCGCCCCGCCGCCACCGCCGCCCCCUCCGCCGGGCCCGCCGGAGCCAGAUGACGUACGGGGCAACCCGGCUCGUUCUCCGCUCCCCGUCGGGAAGUCGGCGCUUCUGGAGCAGAUUCGAGGCGGCGCCCAGCUGAAGAAGGUGGAGCAGAACCACAGAGAGCCGCCGCCCGGCAGCAGCGGAAGCGGCGGGCGGGACGCGCUGCUGGACCAGAUACGCCAGGGCAUCCAGCUCAAGACGGUGUCGGAUCAUCAGGAGUCCGGUCCGCCGGCGCCCGCCGCGGGCAUCGUGGGCGCCCUCAUGGAAGUCAUGCAAAAGAGGAGCAAAGCCAUCCACUCGUCAGACGACGAGGAUGACGAUGACGAGGAUGAAGACUUUGAGGAAGAUGACGAGUGGGACGACUGAAUUCCCCCGUUUUUCCUGCAGCAGACUCCAAUGGUAGACAUUUUUGCGAGUAUUUAUAUGGACUGGUUUACAUUUUAAAUUAUUGUCUUGCCGUGUGAGCGGUCGGCAUCGUUGGGCAGCCAUCUUGAGAAUGCACAUUUCAGCGGGCGGGGUGUCUCGUUUUCUCCCGUUUCCCUCCUAAGUUGUUUUCCUUUGCCGAGACCAAAAUGCUACUGUUAAGCUACUUUUUCCUCCAUUCUUAUGACUGACUGGGGCAGCGUUGAUUUGCACAAGCGUCGUCUUUGUCUGAUGACAUUUCAUUCCUGAGCUCGGCCCACCGGCGAAGAAACUUUGCAACGACGGCGGCGCGGACGGGCGGUGACGUCGCGCACUUAUGCAACGCAAAUAACCAUGAACCAAAAUGUAGACGAGCUUUUAACGCUUUGGUUUUUAACCAGGGCAGACUGUGUGUGUGUGUGUGUGUGUGUGUGUGGAGAGAUCCCAAAUUGUAUACUUCAAUAAA